AUGAACACUACUUUGACCAGACAGUAUAGCCAUAUCCGCCACGAAACAAUCCGCGGGUUAUCGUCAUCGGGAGGGAAGGCGAAGAAGGUUGAGCUGAACAAUGUGGCUGUGACAGUGCCUGGCAAGAAGAUCGUUGUCGCCCAGACGAUAAUGCGCAUGUCGCUGUUAUCUCGUUGUGCAAGAAAGGGAGAUGGUCUUCAUCGCGGCGUUGUCUUGGUAGCUGAUCUCGGCGAUGCGAUGGGAAUCCUUGGCCAUGUUGUGGUUGAGGCGUUUAUCCCGCUGUCCGAUUAG